AUGACUCUACUACAAGACACCAACACGGAAAACGCUUUUACCACGCGAUCCUCACGCAGUGGAGAAGGGGUUGGUGAACCUGUGGUGACGCAGCUCACGGAAGUGAAGUAUAGCAUGCCACCUCAUCUCACUCGCUGCAUCACAUAG